CCAGCAUGCUUUUCUGCUUGCUCAUUUAUUUAAACCGGAGAGAGGGAACUAGCUGUAUUUUUUAACAUGAGCGUUACCUAGUUGGUGUUUGCUACUGUGCUCAUAAGGCACCUUUUUACCUAAGGAAAAGAGAUUGGCUUCCCACCCCAUCUUCAAAAUGGUUCAGCUCUGGCUCCAUUGAUCCAGCACAAUGAUCUGGAUACUUCAAGUCUUGUUCUCACCGCUUCCAACACCAGCAUUGAUUAGUCUUAUUGUAUGUGGAGCUGGCAUCUUUCUGUGGGUGAUAAGCAGGCCAAAACCUGUUUUGCCUCCUGUUGACUUGAACAAGCAGUCAGUAGGAAUUGAGGGAGGAGCCAGAAGAGGUGCACUCUUGACAGAUAAUAACCUUCUUUCUUACUACUUUGAAGAUGGUAAAACCUUGUAUGAAGUUUUCCAGAGAGGACUGCAUGCUUCUGGAAAUGGCAACUGUUUAGGCUAUAGAAAACCCAACCAACCUUACCAGUGGCUGACAUAUAAACAGGUUUUGGACAGAGCUCAAUACCUGGGAUCAGGGCUUCUGCAAAAAGGAUGCAAACCAUCAUCAAACCAGUUUAUUGGCAUUUUUGCUCAGAACAGGCCAGAGUGGAUCAUUUCAGAGUAUGCCUGCUACACUUACUCAAUGGUUGCUGUUCCACUCUAUGACACUCUGGGGCCAGAGGCCAUUGUAUAUAUUGUUAACAAAGCUGACAUAAGCAUAGUGAUCUGUGACAAGCCUGAGAAGGCACAGACCUUGCUUGAGAACUGUGAGCAAGAGAAGACUCCAUGUCUGAAGACUAUAAUUCUCAUGGAUCUCUUUGAUAAAGAGCUCAAGAACAGAGGAACUAAAGUGGGAGUUGAAAUUCUAGCACUGCAGGAGGUUGAGGAGCUGGGAAGAAACAACAUCAGAGAACCAGUUCCUCCUAAGCCUGAAGAUCUUUGCAUCGUGUGUUUUACUAGUGGAACCACAGGUAACCCUAAAGGAGCCAUGCUGACACAUCAAAAUGUUGUUGCAAAUGCUGCUGCCUUCCUUAGAAGCACAGAGAACACAGUUGAAUGUACAAGUUCAGAUAUCACCAUGUCCUAUCUUCCCUUGGCUCACAUGUUUGAGAGAGUUGUACAGACUGUGGUCUACAGCUGUGGAGCAAAAGUAGGCUUCUUCCAAGGAGAUAUCAAGUUGCUAACAGAUGACAUGAAAACCUUGAAACCAACACUAUUUCCAGUUGUACCAAGACUACUCAAUAGAAUAUAUGACAAGAUACAAAGUGGUGCAAAGAGCCCAGUGAAACGGUGCCUGUUAAACUUUGCUGUGAUUAUGAAGAUGGCUGAAAUAAAACAGGGCAUAAUUCGAAAUGACAGCAUUUGGGAUCAGCUAAUCUUCAAAAAAGUUCAGGAAACCAUGGGUGGAAGAGUGCGUAUAAUGGUAACAGGCGCAGCCCCUAUAUCUCCCUCUGUCCUGACAUUUCUUAGAGCAGCAUUAGGCUGUCAGAUUUUUGAAGCUUAUGGCCAGACUGAAUGCUCAGCAGGGUGUACUUUCUCAAUGCCUGGAGACUGGACAACAGGCCAUGUUGGAGCCCCUCUGGCUUGUAAUAUCAUUAAACUAGAUGAUGUGGAAGAAAUGAACUACUUCUCUUCUAAUAAUGAAGGCGAGGUCUGCAUUAAAGGACCAAAUGUGUUCAAGGGCUAUCUGAAAGACCCUGAGAAGACAGCAGAAGCAAUUGAUAAAGAUGGCUGGCUCCAUACUGGAGACAUAGGGAAAUGGUUGCCAAAUGGAACGCUGAAGAUCAUUGAUAGGAAGAAGAAUAUAUUUAAACUUGCACAAGGGGAAUACAUUGCUCCAGAGAAGAUAGAAAAUGUCUAUAUCAGAAGUGCUCCUGUAGCCCAGGUCUUUGUACAUGGGGAAAGCCUCAGGUCUUUUCUAAUAGGUAUAGUGGUUCCUGAUCCAGAGACGCUUCCAGAAUUUGCAGCAAAAUUGGGUGUAAAAGGUUCCUAUGAAGAUGUCUGCAAAAAUCCAUCAGUGAAGAAAGCUAUUUUAGAAGAUAUGAUCAGACUGGGGAAAGAGGCUGGCCUUAAAUCCUUUGAACAAGUUAAAGACCUGUACAUCCACACUGAGAUGUUCUCUGUAGAAAAUGGACUCUUGACACCAACACUGAAGGCAAAGAGAGCAGAGCUUGUUAAACUCUUCCAGAAGCAGAUUGAGGCCCUCUAUUCAAGUAUGCAGGAAUAAGUGGCCAGUUUAAUUUAAACCGCAUGGAGUAUAUAAAUCUGUGACACUACAUGACCUAUGGAGAAUACAGGCAUGAGUGGAGGGGAGCAAGGAGAACUUAAACAUAUUGUUUUUGUUAUCCUGGGAAAAAUUCCUUUCAGAUGAAGAUGGCUAUCGUAUAACUGACAACGAGCAGCAUUCACAUCUUGCAGGACUAAGCAUCAGCUGCCUGGGCAAAGCCAGAACAUUCAUCUUCCUUGGACUGUGACUGAAGAGCAAAAACACUCAAGAGCCUCAGCCUUUAAAAGGCAGUUGUAUGCACUUCUCACUGUUGAAAGCAGAUCUUGUUUUCCUGCUCCAAGUAUGAACUACAUUGUGACCUUUUGCGGACUGAUCUGCAAUCAGACCUAAACUCUUUUCUGCAGUUACGUGGUUUGGGGGGAACUGGGGGAGGUAGCUGAAAAACCAAGCGCAGGAAAACACCACUUCACUUUCCACUCAAGAUGUUAUAACCUAUCUCAACUCAAGCUGUCACAAUAUGAAUUGGUGCUUAACAUCUCUUCAGCAAUUACAGAAGUGAAUUUCUUGUUCCUAGCCCUGGACCACACUGUAGAGGUUGUUUAUAAUGAAAUGAAUAGUCUGGCAUCAGCUGGUUUACAAAGUAUAUGUGUCAAAAGCAAACAUAGUUUAGUAGGGGUCACACUGGAUCAGUUUUUGCAUGUGUUCUCAAAUGCAAUGGCAGUCAUAAAGCCUCUACACUUACUAAUUUGAGCCUAAUAAGGGGAAAACUAGCUGUCAUUCCUAAGGAUAGAGAAUGCAAUAAAUUGUAACUGCAUAAUCAAACCAAAGACUGUGUGAGUGACAUGUCUGCUGCACCCAGCCUGUCAGCUGCAAGGUUUACUGCUGGCUGGUUACAUAUAGCUGCAGCCAGAACACAACUGCUGCAGAAUGUUAACUUUCCUACUCUGCCAUUGCUCAGCCACAGCUCAAGCCAUGAGGCAGUAAGAUAAUGUCAGUCUAGAUGUUGAUCUUCUACUCUUGUAGUAGGGUAUCAUGUGCAUAAAUUCAUUCUUCCAUGAAAUGAGGCAUUUUCUAGGACUAAAGCUGCUUCUGUAGAAAACUAUCUAGGCAACAUGAGUACCGUAUCUUUAGAAUCAUGUUUUCCAUAAGAGUAUGCUGUCUCUGGUCAGUUCCUCACUGUCCCUGUAGUAGUCUGCUCUAUCAAAGGGUGAGACAGUGCUAACAAGGAUGUAACGUGGGGGAAGAGCACAUGUAGCUUUCGUGUGCCCAUUCUCCUUGUCUGUGCCAGAUACUUACAGCUAGUAGCUGUUCUCUAUUUAAUGUUCUUGGUCAGAUAUCCCAAAAUGAAAGCAACCAGUAGAUUUGUUGGUCAGGAAAGACCCACCCUUGCUGGGAGGGAUCUCUAGCUUUGACUAGUAAAAGCAACUGACCCAAUUCUGUUUCUAGUCCAGGCCCAAAGACCUUGACAUUUUCAGGUACCUGUUGUGUCACUUAUUGUGCUUAUCCUAACCUGAGGCUAUAAAGGCUUCUAAGAUUCUGAAAGUACAUGUAACUAUCCUGCUCAUCUUUCCCAUGCUUCCUUAAAGCAAUGUGACUUAAAAGUUACUGAUGGCUUAAUCUUCUCCCCAGUCUUACUCAGGGGAAGAAAAAAAAAAAAAAAAAAAAAGGAACCAGAGGGAAGAAGAAAUGUAUACUGAAACUGGUUGUGGGUUCAGAUGAGCAAUUCAGCUGGGGACAGUGAAUCCAGUGAAACUGAGAUCCGCAUAAACUUGAGGUUGAAUCCUGUGAUGCUACCUGCUGUAGUGCCUGGAAAGUACUUUGUUUAUUGUAUCAACAAGUGAAACCUCUCUCCAGAGAUCUGCUUGGAUGUGGAAGCGCAGCACCAGCUGUGGUGGGCCCUUCAGCUUGCAGUGUCCAGAUAUGAACCAUGGUGCUUCAUUCAGCAUAAAGAGAUCUCUUAUUUGUGAACUGAGUAAAGAAUGCCCACUUUUCCAUGGAACAUCUCAGAAAGUAGUGACUUUGUACAGGUUGCUUUCUAAUAGAGCAGAGAUGCUUUCUCUUUCAGAAGAGGAAACAUCUCAAUCUCUGAAUUUGGUUUGCUCUUAAUGGCAAUUAGGCUUCUUCUCAUAGUGGCAAACUACAACGCUUUAGAUUUUUCAUGUCUGUAGCAACUGCUAGUAGCUAUUAUAAAGAUGGAAUUGAAUGGGUAAUGGCACUGUCUGAACAAUAAACUACACCUAGCAAUUCCAAGUGUAAA